AUGUCAAUUGAUGAAGAAAGAAAUAUUGUAGUUAAAUUUUUAAAUGUUUUAAAAAUAAAGAAGAAAGAUUAUCCUGCAUUUGAAGAAUCUCUCAGUACAUUACAAAAUUAUGCUGCAUCUAAAGGUUUGAUGGAUGAAGAUAUUGAUUUAUUAGUAAAUAUUAUUAUAAAUACAGAUUUAAGUGCUACUAAAUUGGUAUCUUUAGCAAAAUGUUUAGUUCCUCAAUAUAAAAUAUCUGAACAUACAGUUAAAUCCAUUAUUUCUUGGUGUUUAUCAUCUAUAAAUAAACUUCCUAUUUCUGUAUCCAUCAUUAUUAUGCAAUGGAUAAUUGGUAUAUUGGAUCAUCAAUUAAUAGAUAAAAAAGUUAUAAAUAUAUAUUAUGAUGUUUUCUUUUAUAUAAUAUUAAAAAAAGAAAAAUUGGAAAGACAGAUAGCACGUAUUAUUUAUGUAUUGACAAAACCAGAAGAUGUAACACGUAGAAAUAUAUCUAGAUUAUUAACUCUCCAUCAAAAAUAUUCAAGACCACAAAAACAUAUUAUUGUUUUAUUAUCAUUAUUUAAAUCUUAUAAACCUGAAUUAGUUCCUGAAAAAAUUCAAUCUAUAAAUACAGAAAGUGUAUGGAAACCAAUACCCGAAGUUUUACGAUUAAUGUUUCAAGAUGCUAAAACUCGUUUAGAAAUCCAACAAACACAGGACUUACAUCUGGAAUGUUUUAAUUGGAAUACAUUUGAAUCCAAGAAAACAAAGAAAACUGUGACACCUCUAUUACCAUCUGUAGGAUACUUUCAAAUUGGUUCUAGUAUUUUUAAAGAGAAGAAUAAAAAAUCUAUUUUCGACAUUUCUAGCAUAGAAGAAUUGGGAAAAUUACAAUUAAGUAUAGAAUUACCAUGUAAUGCUAUAUCUCUUUUAAGUAAUACUGCUGGAUAUCAUCUUCUCACAUUUAGCAAUUUCCAAUAUCAAAGUAGAUUUUCUUAUAAUCUUUAUAACACUUUAAUAAGAGCAUUUAUGUUGGAAAAUGAAAAAUUUUCUAUAGAAGAAAUUAAUAAAUUACUUGAUAUGACUAUAGAAUUUUCACGAUAUAUGCAACAAGAUAUACCUGUUGUUAAUCAUUUUCUUAGUGAAUAUUUGUAUUUUAAUACAGGCGAAUAUCAAUCAAAAUUACUAAUGUUAUUACAAUGGAUGACUUCUCUAUCUAUCAGUGAUUUACAAGAAAAAAUAUUAGUACAUGUACAAAAUAUGUUUUACGAAUCAUCUUUAAUGAUAAAAUGUGAAAUCAUCAAAACAUUAAAAAUAUUGAUAACAAAUUUGUUUAUUAGUCAAGGAUUUAAAGAAUGCUGCCAUAAAACACCUGCACCAUUUUUAGGACAAGGUGCAAUGGAUAAUUUAGAAGAAGUAAUUCCUAUUCUUACAAAAAUCUCUGAAGAACUUAUUGUAUCUGGCUUAAAUAUACAUUCAUACAAUAUUUUAUUACUUUCAGAAGCAUUAUCAUUUUAUGAAGAGAUUUGUAUAUUGGAAAAUCAAAGUACCAUAUUAUUCUUUACAUUAGCACCUUCUUCAGUAAUUUAUGGAGCUUUUGUUACAAAACAUCUUGCGAUUUUAUCAAAAAUAUGUAAAUUGUUAUUAAGGUAUCGCGAUAGAAGUUUGCAAUUAAAAACUCCUAAAUUACAAAAAUUAUUCAAGAAAAAAAUUUAUACAAUAUCUAUUUAUGCUCAAGAAAUUGUUGAAGCAUUAUGGUAUGAUGAGCCAUUUAAGAAUCACAAAAAUAAAUAUUUUCUAAAAGAUAUUCCAAUAGAUAUGAUGGAAGAUUUAGAAGAUUGCAAUAUAAAUUGCCUUUUAAAUAUUAGUAAUCAUUAUUCUGUUUUACCUUAUAAGUGUACAUUGAGCAAAACUGGACUAAAUAUUAGCACAAAAGAGGAUGCUAUGAGUAUAGCUUUACAUUACUAUCCAACAAUAAAUGAAUUUCUUAGUAUAUUUCAGAAUUAAUUAAAAUACUAAAUAUGAAUAUAAAAAUGUUUAUAAUAUUUCUGAAAUUUAUUUUUUAUAUUUAAAAUAUUCUUGAAACAUAAAAAUAUUUUCAAUUAUAAAUAAAUUAUAUUUUUAUUUAUAAAAUUUACAUUUAUGAAGCCAAGUAUAUACAUGAAAUAAGUCAAUUUAAA